AUGGGACUAAGGACACGGGCGUCUUCAACCUUACGCAAUGUAGAUGUCAUGUUGCUACUGCUCGCGUGGUGUGCUGUAUUUUGGUUUCAUCAAACUUAUAUACCGAGAAAGGUAAUAGAGCAAUGUUCGUUCCAUCAAUCAAAUUCCACAACUUUCACGGUUCUGAUGAUAGCGGAUCCCCAAUUGAUUGACAAUCAUACCUACCCCGGCAGGAACAAGAUAUUGCUGGGUCUAUCAAAGCAUACCGUGGACACAUAUUUAACACGAAAUUUCAGGCAUUUAAUAAGCACGUUGCAUCCAGAUUCUGUAAUGUUUGUUGGUGAUCUGAUGGACAAUGGGAGAUCAUCAGAGGAUAACUAUUACGAAAGAGAGUAUUCCAGGUUCAAAAAUAUUUUCCCUGACUCAGACUCUUAUGAGAUGUUGACAAAUGUUCCAGGAAACCACGACGUAGGUUGGGCCAACGGCGUGAAGAAACACGCUGUCGGGAGGUUCAAUAUGCAUUUUGGGGAAUCAAACACUGUAAUCACAAGAGGUAAUCAUGAAUUCAUAUUCUUGGACUCACUAUCACUGUCGAACACUAAUGAUGAAUCUAUUUAUGGACCUUCAAGCCGCUUCAUGCAAGAAUUCAAAAACAGACGGAAGGACAAACCUAGGAUCUUACUUACACAUGUUCCACUAUUCAGGAAUCCAGAUAUUGAUUGCGGUCCUAUGCGUGAAGGUGGUAAAUUUCCUCUUACUCAAGGUUAUCAAUAUCAAACCGUAUUAGACAAUGAACUUUCUGAAGAGAUUUUAGCUUCUUUCAAGCCAGAUUUAAUACUGACGGGAGAUGACCAUGACUACUGCGAAUACAACCACGAGUAUCACGUCAAUGAAACAUCAUAUAUUGCGAAGGAAAUCACCGUGAAAUCCAUAUCUAUGGCCAUGGGUAUUCAAAGACCUGCAGUCGAACUACUAACACUACAAAACGAGAAGCUUUAUUUCUCCAUAUGUCAUCUUGAAAGACCAUACAGAGAAGUGAUAACUUAUGUUCUACUUGCCGCUCUUACUGUCGUUAUCAUAUUCUUCUGGAAUAACACUCACAUUAGAGGACGAAGAUACCAACCAUUAGCUAAUAGGUCAAUCAGAAACAAAUUGGCAAAUUAUGUGAAGGGCAUAGAAGUCGACAAUUUUGGACCUGCUACGACAAUACUUGUGGGCCAGGCUGAUCAAGAAACUCCUGCGUCUAAUAAUUUUGCCACAAGCUGGUGGAACCUUAAACACCACACUAGAGCUCCGAUUGGCAGUUCACUGUUUACCAAGCUAAACUUUGGAGUAUUCAUUAAAAAGUGUGCUAUCAUGUCUUUAUGUGUUGCAAUCUUGUACAUUAAUAUGGUAGGUAUCUAA